UAGAUAAAUAAUUGUACAAAGAGAAACGCAGUUGACAGCGAAUCAGUGGGAUUGUAGGUGUGUAAUAAGUAAUUGUGAAGUGCAAUAAAAUGGCCCAAGAGACAGACGAUAUUAAUCUGACUCCACAGGAACUGCAGAUCCUAUCGGAGCUCGACAGUCGGCAAUUUGGUUUUCUGAAACUGAACUCGCCGGAACAAUCCAAGAAGAAGGCUUUGGUCGUGAGAGCGAUAAAAUACCUUGAGAGGAUGCUGUCGCAAGCGCAGGCCCAGAAACAGAGAAGAAGAGCUGCUGAUAGUACCGAGGUGAAAUCGAGCAUAAAUUCAGAUGAGCUUAAGGAUGACGAUGACGAAAAAGGGAUCAGUAUCGAUCCCAAAACUUACUGCAAGUUGGGCCAUUUUCACUUGCUGCUUGAAGAUUACACCAAAGCGAUGUCUGCCUACCAAAAGUUCUACGCUCUGAAAACCGACUACUGGAAGGACACGUCGUUUCUUUAUGGACAGGGGCUUGUGUAUUUUCACUUCAAUGCAUUCCAGUGGGCAAUAAAAGCAUUUCAACAAGUAUUAUGGGUGGAACCAGGUUUCUCAAGGGCUUGCGAGGUUCAUUUACGGCUUGGAUUAAUGCUCAAGAUAAACGCUGACUUUGAAGCAGCCCUGAAACAUCUCACUCUAGCUCUAAUCGACGCCACAACACCCGCAUCAUUUUCCAAACUCGAGAUAAAAUUUCACAUCGCUCACUUGUACGAGGUCCAAGGAAAGUAUCGACUAGCCAAAGAGCACUACGAGGGUCUCCUCAAGGAGAAGGCCUUACCCUCGCACUUGCAGGCUGAUAUAUGCCGACAAUUAGGAUGGAUGUACCACGUGAUUGACUGUUCGAUACUCGGUGUUACCAGACAGCAAAAGCAGACGAUAGCGAUAAAGUGUUUACAACAAUCAAUCGAAGCUGAACCAAAGAGUGGUCAGAGUUUGUAUCUUUUGGGCAGGUGUUUAGCCGCCUCUGGAAAAGUUCACGACGCUUUUAUAGCUUACAGAAAUUCGGUGGAAAAAUCUGAGGGCAAUGCGGAUACAUGGUGCAGCAUAGGGGUUCUUUAUCAACAGCAGAAUCAGCCUAUGGACGCACUUCAGGCUUACAUAUGUGCUGUACAGUUGGAUAAAUCACAUUCGGCUGCUUGGACUAAUCUUGGUAUACUUUACGAAAGUGUUAGCCAACCGAAAGACGCCCUCGCCUGUUACGUGAACGCGUCGAGGGGAAACAACAACACACCAAGCGCUGCAAUUCCUCUCGCAGGUAUUGCUGGCGCCAAAAAGGGUAACGGUGGCACACCGAUGAACCCGUCCCUACAACACCGUAUUACAUUUCUUCAGAAUCAUCUAAGCCAGGCACCGAUGCCUUCCAUCGCCACCAAGAGGCGGCAGCUGCCAUCCAUCGAGGAAGCUUGGAACUUGCCAAUCAGUGCUGAAAUGUCAAGUAGGCAACAACAGCAGCAACAAACGCAGGGCGGUGUCGGCUACAAGUACAAUUCGACACCGCCAGGUCCUCCGCCUCCGUAUCCUCAAGGACAGGGACAGAAUAUCAACACAAAACGAUUCAAACCUGGAGAAGAGCCGAUAUCGCCAGGAGCUCAGCAGCGACCACCUCCGUUUUACCUGUCGUCGCAACAGCUUCAGAUGCUCCAUUUUCUCCAGCAGAAUCACGGUAGCCUAACGCCUCAGCAGCAGGGUUUGCUAGCUCAGCUGCAACACUCGUACAGAGCAAUGCAGCAGCAUCAACAACACAGCAGAUUGCAACAGCAACAGGCUGCGCAGCGUGGACUCAGACCUGGGCAACCUGGUUAUCCAACAGUUUACGCUCACGCACCGCCCGGUCAGCCUGGAGUUGUAAAAAAUUACGGAAUCCCACAGCAGCCGCAAGGAGGAACGGUCGCCCUUCAGACCGGUUUUUCGGAUUCUAACAUCGGCUACAAUGCGGCGGCAACUGGAAACGCUCAACAAUCACCAGGCAUGCCUUAUAAAUCAGCCUCAGACCCAAAUUACCCUCAACGCCAGGUUCCGGGCAGCGGGCAGUUCAAUCAGUAUCAGUCUAAUCAGUACGCAGCUCAGGGUUACACUCAGAUAUCGUCCACGACUAACAGUUAUCCCGAGGGAUCGGCAGGCAACAAGGAUCUCGGUGUCACAGAUCAGGAACUUCAGGCUCUUCUCUCUCAGAAAGAUAUCGCUACUUCUCUAGCUGAGGAUCUUCUGAAGCACUUUGGUUCCGAGGAUCUUGACGUAAAGGAGGAUCCAACUACGAUCACAAACAAUGGUAUAUCCGGGACGCUGAGUUCUGGACCGUUUUCACCCUCGAAUAUAGACGAAGCAACGAGCGAAAAGGUGAAAGACAUAAAGAUAGAAAAAAUGGAUGAUUCUCAUCCGCCGGCGACGGUAUUAGCAUCGUCACGACUCGAAGGUCCUUUACAAAAGCUCGAUAGCAAAUCAUCGCCAACGGUAGAAACGAUAAAAUGCGAGGCCACAUCCAGCACCAACAAAAUUGAACCUCACAUCAGAGUUGAACCCGUCCUCAAACUCGAAAGCCUCUGUGAAACCCAACCGGAGAACGAACUUAGCAUAGAUAUGGACGCAAAAUCUAUUCUGGAAAGUUCUAAAGGUCAAGGUCUGAAAGGCGUUCCCAAUUGCUCGAUACUCAGUGACAAAUCUCCGCCACCGGCGCCUCCGGAUCCACCAACGCAGCGUCUGACUAGAGAGCAGCUUUUGCCACAGGCGCCAAGCGUGUAUCUGGAAAACAAGAAGGACGCUUUCAGCCCGCAGCUCCAGGAGUUCUGCUUGAAGCACCCGAUAGCCGUGAUCCGAGGGCUUGCCGCCGCCCUGAAACUGGACCUCGGCCUCUUCUCAACAAAGACGUUAGUCGAGGCAAAUCCUGACCACGGGAUCGAGGUCAGGACGCAGCUGCAACAGACGAGCGACGAGAAUUGGGAUCCGGUCAUGUCGCGGAAGGUCUGGGGCUGCAUAAGCCACCGAAGCCACACGACGAUAGCGAAAUACGCGCAGUACCAGGCCUCCAGUUUUCAGGACAGUCUGAAGGAGGAGAGGGAGAAAUCGCAGGGCGUUCACACCGCUAAUUUGUCCGACUCCGAUUCGAAGGACAGCACCGGUGUCGUCAGGAGGAAAAAAAAUGUUUUUGGAUUAAUGGGAAAACCAGGAUCCAAGAUGCUCAGGUUUGGCACCAACGUCGAUCUUUCCGACGAAAGGAAGUGGCGGACUCAGCUUCAGGAACUCAUGAAGCUCCCUGCCUUCGCCAGGGUCGUUUCUGCCGGAAAUAUGCUCAGUCAUGUCGGACAUGUCAUUCUUGGAAUGAACACCGUUCAGCUUUACAUGAAGGUGCCGGGAAGUCGAACGCCGGGACAUCAAGAGAACAACAACUUUUGUUCAAUCAACAUAAACAUCGGCCCAGGUGACUGCGAAUGGUUUGCAGUGCCGGACGCUUAUUGGGGCGUAAUAUGCACUCUCUGCGAAAGAAAUAACAUCAAUUAUUUGCACGGGAGCUGGUGGCCUUCUCUGGAAGAUCUUCAAGAAGAAAAUAUCCCUGUUUAUCGGUUCUUGCAAAGACCUGGCGACCUCGUUUGGGUCAAUGCUGGAUGUGUUCAUUGGGUCCAAGCGGUCGGCUGGUGCAACAAUAUCGCUUGGAACGUCGGUCCUCUCACAGCGCGCCAAUAUCAUCUGGCGAUAGAGAGAUAUGAGUGGAACAAACUUCAGUCAUUCAAAUCCAUAGUCCCCAUGGUUCACUUGUCAUGGAACUUGGCGAGGAAUAUCAAAGUCUCGGAUCCCCGACUGUUUGAGCUUAUAAAAAACUGCCUUCUCAGAACGAUGAGGCAGUGCUGCUUGAUACUGGAAUUCGUAAAGAGCAAAGGGGUCGAGGUCAGGUUUCACGGCAGGGGGAAAAACGAGGCGUCUCAUUACUGCGGACAGUGCGAGAUCGAAGUAUUCAACAUACUCUUCAUUCGUGAGCAAGAAAAAAGACACGUCGUCCACUGCAUGGACUGCGCGCGUAAGCAGGCACCUUCGCUGGAAGGUUUCGUGUGCCUAGAAGAAUACAGAAUGUCUGAUCUGAUGGAGGUUUACGAUGGUUUCACGAUCCAUCCUUCGCCUGCGCCGCCAAUAUCGACUCAGACGAGUCAAUCCUCUUGAGGUUACACUGAGUGCAGGUACUUGGAUUACCUGGACACGCUGUAGUAUUAGUGCCGCCCCCCCCCCCCCCCCCCCCUGUUCUGUGUUUUACCUUUAUCGCGUUUAUUCUUUUAUAUUGUUUUUAACAUUUUUUUUUGUUAAUGUAGAUACACGC